AUUUUCAUGUUUUGUUUGUUGAGCAUUGAGCUAAAACCAAUGUGGGAGUGCGUCUGAAAGUAAUGUACAGUAAUAUUUUCUCACAAAGAGAAGUAUUGUUUAGAUGGCUAAAAGUAGAUUGCUGGCGUGGGAGACCUAUUGUUUCCCAACCCUCUGUUUAUUUUUGUUUUUAUUUACGGGUGCCAAUUACGUGACGUCACGCUGCAAAGCGAGGCUUUGUUUGGGCUAAAAGUAAAUUCAUCAACAACAAACGCGACAGAAUUGUUUAGCAGCGAAAAUUAACAAUAUUCUUUAUCGUUGUCUCCGGCGAUCUCGGAAAAGUUUUCCAUUUUAUUUUGCUGGAAAUCGAAGAAAAACCCCCUGUAACCUUGGAUGGUACGGACAGUCCUUCUAACUGAUGUGACUCGACCCUCAUUCAUUGAUAUUUCGACGCGGCAUUGUCAGAGCCUUUAACGCUGUCGGAUCGUCGAAGCAAUAGGGCUGCCAGUUGAGGCUUGCAACAUCUUCCGUGAAGCGACUCGCCGAUGGCUAAUAAAUCAAGUGAAAACGACGUGACUGUCGUAUCUUCAGCAUCCCGAGCAGUAAGUAUUGGAGUAUCUUCACCAGCAAAAAGUCCAGGAAGACCAUUAAACGUGGACCUCACAACUAAAGGAGCUCAAGAAUCAUGCAGCUCUGCCAACUGUGCAUGUGCAGCACAAACCCCUCACAAAAUCAAUCAGCAUAACAAACAUGUCACAAAUUCUUCUCCAAACUGCUGCUGCAAUCGAGAAGUUCACUUGCCUGGUAUGGUCUACCAGCAUGUCACACCAACUGUAGCAAAUGUUGUGGUUGACACUUCUAACUCCACUAGCCAAGACUCUAAAGUGACACCUAAGCAUGGAGGUGUUCACUAUUGCUCCAGCUGUCCUCCUGGGCCACAUACACAUCAUGUUUAUUCGCCUGCCAACUGUCAUCCACAGCAGCCUGCAUUCAUGGAUCACACUCAUUGUGGAUGCCAACCAGGGUUUGUUGAUGGUGGACAUUUCCACUUCCCUCACCAACAGACUCCACCUAGACCUGUCACUGUUAUGGCGCAUCCACCACCACUACUACUACGACCUGUUCAACCACAACAUAUGCAACAGCAUCAGGCAAUAUUAGAGCAAGAACUUCGACCAUAUUUUGAUGGCAAAUGGAAAGGCCUUGGAGAUCCUCACCUGUCUAGCUAUGGAGGAAGACCACAGCCACCAGAAGGAUCAGUGGCAACAGGAGCAUUCAUUAGUGAAGCUCACACAGCUCAGCACCAUCCACUGUUUCAUCACAAUAUCUGCCAGUGGCCUGGAUGUGAGGCUUUCUGUGAGAAUUUCCAACAGUUUUUACAUCACCUUAAUACUGACCAUGCACUGGAUGAACGGAGUACUGCUCAAGCACGAGUACAAAUGCAAGUUGUAAUGCAUCUGGAAUUUCAGAUGAACAAAGAACGUGAGAGGUUGUCAGCGAUGAUGAAUCACCUACAUACUCCCAAGGUUGCUCAACAUACACCAAACACAAACCCUGACCUUGAGGACGAGGAACACCAGCAUGUGCCUCACUCCCAAGCACAGCCUCAACUUCAUGUUGCAACUCCCCAACAUCCUCAUAUGCCUUCUCUAGAAGAUAUCCCACCAGCCCAGCAAUCUCCAACUCUACAGAGUAGACAAGAGAUGCCUAUGUCACCUGAAAGUCCGCCGCCGACAAUGGGGAGCCCAGGCAGAAAACAUUCCAUCACUCCGCCGCCCAACAUCACAGUUCAUGACAUCAACAGCCAAAGUGACAUGACAGUCAUUGCAACACCAUCUUGUCACAUGAUGGAGGACAAGCCGGUUCACCAGAAAAGAAGAAAUGGAGAUCCUGAUGGGAUAGCUUUAGGUAAGUCACUCAGCAUGUUGCUGGUGUGUCUUCCCCUGAGAAAAGAUAUGUUGAUCACCUCAAUUUACUAUUCGCAGGCUAUUUUGGACGCACCCGAGCAACAGCUUACCUUAAACGAGAUCUACUCCUGGUUUAUUCACAAGUUUGCUUACUUCAGGAGAAACGCGGCCACAUGGAAGGCUAUUUUGGACGCACCCGAGCAACAGCUUACCUUAAACGAGAUCUACUCCUGGUUUAUUCACAAGUUUGCUUACUUCAGGAGAAACGCGGCCACAUGGAAGAACGCUGUACGCCAUAACUUGUCUCUUCACAAAUGUUUUGUGAGGAAAGAGAACGUGAAGGGAGCUGUGUGGAUUGUGGACGAAGACGAGUACAUGAAACGACGGCCCCAGUCGAAGGUCAUCCAUAGCACCUCCAGGAUGAUGAAACAGGAACGAGACCGCCUGAUGCAACAAGGAGCCUUAGGGGGACUCCCCACACAGGUAAACCUGCUUCCUGUAGCGGCUUCCAAUUCCAAUACACCCAGUGAGGAUGAAGGCUCUGGACAGGAUGACAUCCGCAAAAGGGGUUCGGAGUCGGACACUGGGGACGAAAUGCCGGCCCAAAAGCGCCGAACUCUGAGAGACGGAGAGGAGGUGGAGGGCGUGGUCAGUGGUAUCACUAAACUGGUGGAGUUUUGCUCUAAAGAUAUCAAUAGCCAACUCUCUCAGUCUCAAGUACAAGUUAAGCUAGAGCCUCCAGAAGACGGACCAAUCAUAGCGCUGAACGGUGACAGUGAGCCUGGAGACGACCAUUACGAUUCUACAGGCGUGAACGGAGACAGCUUCAUGGAGACUGGGAUUGAUAUUGUCAGGAGAAAAGAUAUGUUGAUCACCUCAAUUUACUAUUCGCAGGCUAUUUUGGACGCACCCGAGCAACAGCUUACCUUAAACGAGAUCUACUCCUGGUUUAUUCACAAGUUUGCUUACUUCAGGAGAAACGCGGCCACAUGGAAGAACGCUGUACGCCAUAACUUGUCUCUUCACAAAUGUUUUGUGAGGAAAGAGAACGUGAAGGGAGCUGUGUGGAUUGUGGACGAAGACGAGUACAUGAAACGACGGCCCCAGUCGAAGGUCAUCCAUAGCACCUCCAGGAUGAUGAAACAGGAACGAGACCGCCUGAUGCAACAAGGAGCCUUAGGGGGACUCCCCACACAGGUAAACCUGCUUCCUGUAGCGGCUUCCAAUUCCAAUACACCCAGUGAGGAUGAAGGCUCUGGACAGGAUGACAUCCGCAAAAGGGGUUCGGAGUCGGACACUGGGGACGAAAUGCCGGCCCAAAAGCGCCGAACUCUGAGAGACGGAGAGGAGGUGGAGGGCGUGGUCAGUGGUAUCACUAAACUGGUGGAGUUUUGCUCUAAAGAUAUCAAUAGCCAACUCUCUCAGUCUCAAGUACAAGUUAAGCUAGAGCCUCCAGAAGACGGACCAAUCAUAGCGCUGAACGGUGACAGUGAGCCUGGAGACGACCAUUACGAUUCUACAGGCGUGAACGGAGACAGCUUCAUGGAGACUGGGACCCCGAAGUUGAUUACGGAGUGCCGCAUGAGAACGAACUACAAUCGACGUACCAUGACUGGAGGACAAGUUGAACUGACCGCGCUUGCGCAGUAAAAAACGAAGACCCGAGUGUUAAUGCUGUGAAUGAAAAAAGUGAACACAAUGUUGAUAUCGGUGUGAUGAAGAUAUUUAAGGUGGCAAUCAACCCCAUUGUGAUUAAAUCUGUUCAGAUAUAAAUGUUUUGCAAUUGUCUAGGUAAUGAGGUCAAGAAGUUAGAGAAAGAACAGCGAUAGCAGAAAAAUUAUGAAUUAAGUUAAGUUCGAUGUAGACAAAAAUGACACGAUUUUUAUUAUAUUUAAGGCGAGGAACGUUUAAAACAUUUUUUACUGUCAAAGACAACAAUGAGCAUGAAGAAUAAUAGGAUAAUUAAGAUAUUGUUUUAAUGAGCCAAUGCAGGUAUUUCACAAUCUUUACCAAACCAAACAUCUGAACCUACAACUGCAGUGUGAUGAUACAGCAGCCUUACAGUGGAAAUCUCUGUGAUCACAUUUUACCCUUUCUGUCUCAAGCUACAUUAUGUAGAGAAAUAAAUUCUUCCUAUAGUGA